CUACAACUCCCAGGAGGCUGCGGGCGGCCCGGCGCUGGGCGGUGACGUAAUGGGGGCUGGCGCGGGGCGCUGAUUCGGCUCGAGCUGCCAGCGGGGUGGCUGCGGCCGCGGCUCAUUACAGCUGCUGGAGCAGCAGCGGCCCCCGCCCCCGGGCACCCUUCCCGGGCCUCGACCUCCGGCCCCACACGGACAGUGGCAGGAGAGGGGCGGCAGGAUGAACGUGGGAACAGCACACAGCGAGGUGAACCCCAACACGCGGGUGAUGAACAGCCGCGGCAUCUGGCUCUCGUACGUGCUGGCCAUCGGGCUUCUCCACGUCGUACUGCUCAGCAUCCCCUUUGUGAGCGUCCCCGUCGUCUGGACCCUCACCAACCUCAUCCACAACAUGGGCAUGUACAUCUUCCUGCACACAGUGAAGGGGACACCCUUUGAGACCCCGGACCAGGGCAAGGCGAGGCUGCUCACCCACUGGGAGCAGAUGGACUAUGGGGUCCAGUUCACCGCGUCUCGGAAAUUCCUGACCAUCACACCCAUCGUGCUGUACUUCCUCACCAGCUUCUAUACCAAGUACGACCAGAUCCAUUUCAUCCUCAACACUGUGUCUUUGAUGAGUGUGCUCAUUCCCAAGCUGCCCCAGCUCCACGGAGUCCGGAUUUUUGGAAUCAACAAGUACUGAGGGUGCAGCCCCUUCCCCUGCCCAGGAUGGUAGGGGAGGGGUUGAAGCCUGGGCUGUGAUGCUGAAGACAGAAGGAGCCUCUGGUAACCACCAGAGACGGGGGAUGAGCCUCUGGGCCCUAGUUUUCCCCUCACUUCCCCCAGUAGCAGACUUGAAGUAGCUUGUAGUGGGUUGGGGUGGGGCCCCCUGGGGCUCUGACCCUUCUGAUUUUUUUUUUAAAUCUUUUCCUUUUGCCUUUUGGAUAGAGACUGUGGGGGUGUUCUUGAAAUGGGCUAGGCUUCUGGGCUGAACACAGACCUGUGAGGUUGGGAUAAGAGAAGCCCCCUGCUCACUUGCUCAUCCUCAGACUGCUAAAGCACUUUAAGCCCUGUGAGUGGGGCAGAGGGGACGGUACAGCUUCUAGUUUAUUUCACUUUAAUUCCUAAGUCUUUAGAGUGACACUUUAGUGUGUGCUUGUAUCCAUGAUGAGGUGUGGCAGCACCUCAUCGCUCUGGGUAGAGAAUUGUCUAAUCCAAGUCAGAUGGCUCCCGCACGACCCACCUGGGGUACUGGGUAGGAGUGGGGAGGGUAAGGAGCAGGAUGGUGGGCUGGAUGUGGGUGGCCUGGUCCCAGGGGUGAGGGGCCAGGGCUGCAGCCGUCCUGGCCCUGGGGGAGGGAGUUAGGGGCGGGGGUGGGAUCCUGAAUUGAGUCUUAGAAGAAUGGGGUCACAUAGCAGCUGGGAUUGGUGUGAGGGGGGUGGGCGGUGGGGACAGACCCAGCCUCAUUCUUUGAGAAGUGGUCUGGGAGGAGGGGCAGGCUCGGAGGGGUCAUUUACCCCCCAAGUGGUGGGCUGAUGCAUUGGGAGGGAGGCUGCUGUGGAUCUGCAGCUCGGGUGGCGUGGUGGGGGGGGGUGGAAUGGGUUGGAGAGGCCCGUGAGUCAUCGUAAGCCCAGGUCUGAUGUGACACUGUCUGCGGUGGUGGUGGGGGGCCGCCUGGGGACACUGCAUAGAAACGUUGCUGCAGCCCCUCCGCAGCCCUUCACCUGUGACCUACUCACGCAGAUGGGGCCUGGGCCAGGGCCUCUCAUGUGGCAUGCACCUGUGGGCUCAUCAGGUCACUGCCAAAUGGGUUUGGUGGGCUAGAGAGUCCUGUAUGGUCCCCGCCUGAGCAGGACAGUGGAGGGAGCAGGGAGUGACCUGUGGGGGCUGUCCACUCAGGCUGAGGAGGUGAGGGGGGCGGGAGCCUGAGCACGGACCAGAGGGGAGCCGCCUUCUCCCCACCCCCCCGUCUGACUGGGGUCUGUGUCACUUCUGAGGUGUGGGUACCAGGGCCUUGAGGGAGCAGUGGGGGUUGGGGGGUCACUGGCCCUGUUUUCUGCCUCUUGGUCCCCCCAAGCCCCACCCCAUGUAUCAUAGGGAACUUUCACCUCAAAAUCUUUCUAAGCAAAGUGUGAAUAGGAUUUUUACUCCCUUUGUACAGUAUUCUGCGAAAUGCAAAUAAAGGACAAUGUGUUCCUAUUUC